GUUUCCAAACCCGGCGUUCCUGACGAUGACGCGCCUGGCCCUGAUGAUGACGCGGAAGAUGACGACAGUGGCUCCAAAGACAUCCUUCAGUUCACCACCUCGAUCUACUUCGUCGAGGUGGAGAAGGAAGACACGCUCACGGUGGACGUCAUGCGCCUCGGGAAGAUGGAAGACACCAUCAAGGUGAAGUACUACACGGAGGAAGGUUCGGCAAAGGCCGGUGUCAGCUACACGCACACCGAAGGCGAGUUGGUCUUUCCACCUGGCGAGUACCGGCAGUCCAUCGAAAUCGAAGUCGUGAAGAAUCCGCGCUGGGCACCGACCCUGGAGUACAAGGUGCAGCUCUCCGACCCACAGGGGUGCAACCUCGGCAUGUACUUGAAGACAGCCCGGGUGAAGUGCAUUGAUACCAAGCCCUUCCCGACCGCUCAGUACAAGCCGUCGCCCAAACCCGGAUCCGUGAAAGGCAAGCUCCGGCUUCUCCGGGAGUACUACAAGCUCUGCUUCCAAGUACCAGGGACGAAGUGGCGCACCUUCCUGACCCUGUUCAUAGACCAGUUCAAGAAUGGCUACAACGUCGCCAAGCUGCUUCUGAAUGUGUAUAUCGUUGACGUACUUUUCAACACGGCCGACCCCACCACCCAGGACGCCCUCCUGCUACCCGACCGUGCAGGCACGGCCGUUCUCGUGGGCUGCUUCUAUGUGUUGCCGAUGGUUGCCAUUCACAUCGGCGGUAUCGUCAAGGUCCAGAUGGAUUUGCCCGGGCAGCUGCGCUUGUUUCUGCAAUGCUGUCUGUUCCGGAAAUACUUGAACUACAGCGAAGAAUCUCGUGCUUCAGUGGUUCCAUCUGACAUGCAGACGGCGAUCACCAACGACGCAGGCAGUUGCGCGGCUGCGUACGCUAAGUUGCUGGAUCUUAUUGCGGUUUGUCUGGA